AUACUCGGUCAUACGAUGACAACUUCACACGACUGCUGCGUGCAAAUUAUCUGAUAGGUAGAACUAAACUUUCCAAAGAAUUUUUGAGAUAGCGGCAAAUAAGAAGUCGAGAAGAGUGAAGAUUUAAUAAAGAUUUAUUAAAGAGUUUUGGAAGAUUCCGAAUGGCUACGCUUGAAGAUAAAUCUAUUUGGGAGGAUGGAGAGGAGACACUGGGAGAGGACGUGCUACGAAUGUCCACGGACGAGAUCGUGUCACGCACGCGACUUCUGGACAACGAGAUCAAGAUAAUGAAGAGCGAGGUGAUGCGGAUCUCGCACGAGCUUCAAGCACAGAAUGACAAGAUCAAGGAGAACACGGAGAAGAUCAAGGUUAACAAGACCCUGCCAUAUUUAGUGUCCAAUGUCAUCGAGCUGUUGGACGUCGAUCCACAGGAUAUGGGGGAGGAAGACGGAGCGGUGGUCGAUUUAGAUGCACAGAGAAAGGGCAAGUGCGCAGUUAUAAAGACAUCGACUCGUCAAACGUACUUCCUACCGGUAAUCGGCUUGGUUGACGCUGAAUCGCUAAAGCCAGGUGACCUCGUGGGCGUCAACAAGGACAGCUAUCUUGUAUUGGAGACUCUGCCGGCUGAGUAUGACGCACGAGUCAAAGCCAUGGAGGUAGACGAAAGACCGACGGAGCAGUACUCUGACAUCGGUGGGCUGGACAAGCAAAUUCAGGAGUUGAUCGAGGCCGUCGUGUUGCCCAUGACGCACAAGGAAAAGUUUGAAAACCUGGGAAUCCAACCGCCUAAGGGUGUUCUGCUCUACGGUCCACCUGGGACCGGAAAAACCUUGCUAGCUCGAGCCUGCGCCGCCCAAACGAAGUCGACCUUCCUGAAACUCGCUGGCCCGCAAUUGGUACAGAUGUUUAUUGGCGACGGCGCGAAGCUCGUCAGAGACGCCUUCUCUCUGGCCAAGGAGAAGGCGCCGGCGAUCAUAUUUAUCGACGAGCUGGACGCUAUCGGCACGAAGCGCUUCGAUUCCGAGAAAGCGGGCGACAGAGAGGUCCAGCGUACGAUGUUGGAGCUGUUGAAUCAGUUGGACGGCUUCAGUUCCACCGCCGACAUCAAAGUAAUCGCUGCCACGAACCGAGUGGACAUCCUAGAUCCAGCCCUGCUAAGAUCCGGACGUUUGGACAGAAAGAUCGAGUUCCCGCAUCCCAACGAGGAGGCCAGAGCACGAAUUAUGCAAAUUCACUCGCGCAAGAUGAACAUGUCGCCGGAUGUGAAUUUCGAGGAAUUGUCCAGAUCAACGGACGACUUCAACGGCGCGCAGUGCAAAGCUGUUUGCGUAGAAGCGGGUAUGAUAGCACUACGACGUAACGCCACGGAAGUUACUCAUGAGGACUUGAUGGAAGCUAUCAAUGAGGUCCAAGCGAAGAAGAAAGCAAAUCUGAAUUAUUAUGCUUAAUAUGUCUUGUUGCAUCAUUUAUUUAUUAGGAUUAUGUUUUGUAUAAUAAAUAUAGAAGCGAAUCAUAUUCAAUCCGAAUUUCUCGGUAAAUAUAAAGCCACGUUUCUUCUGUACUUGAAAAAGUGCAUGAACUAUAAAUAUAUAAAUAUAAAUAAUUAUUUCACAAUGGGAAAUAUGAAAUUAACUCGAUAAAUUUUUAUUAAGCAUUUCGUGUUUGAAAAUACACGAAAAAAUAUUUCGUCCUGUACAUAGUCACGAUAUACUGUAGAAAAUUACACCUUUAGCAAACUUGAUAUAAAACUGAAGUCAAUACUGUUAUAAGCAAAGGAUAAAAGUCUGAUAAUUAAAAUUUUUUUAAAACUUCAA